AUGUUUGAAUGCGCAACUUGUGGCCAGAAGUUCUACGACAGCGAUGAAUGUGGUGACCACAUGGACACCUAUGACCAUUGGGCCAAAUGCAAGACCUGCGAAAUGGAGUUUAGCGCUCAGAGACUUGCCGACACCCACAUGAAGAUCUUCAAUCACUGGCCUACAUACGAAUGCGAAACAUGUCCAAUGGAGUUCGACACAAACGCCGCUCAAGACAAGCAUAUGCGGGAAUUGGAUCAUUUCGAUCGGUAUUGUCCGGAUUGUGAUCGAUACUUCAUGAACAAUAACAACCUGCGCAUGCAUCUAAAUUCCAAGAUGCACCGUGGCACAUUAGUCCACUGUCCCUGCUGCAAUACUGCGUUCGGCACUGCAAGUGGCGCAUGUACUCACCUCGAGUCGGGCGCCUGCCCCGGAGCUCCGGGCGUCAACCGCGAGUCCUUGUACAAGUUCGUCCGGGAGAAGGAUCGCGACGGCUUCCUCACGAACAACCUUAUCGGCUGGAAGGAAGAUCAAGAGUGUACCAAGUGGGAAGUCAAUCCAAAUACUCACAACGGUAGUUACUGGGAGUGCUACUUCUGCCACCGACAGUUCAACACCGCGUCUUCACUGAGUUCACAUCUCAAUUCCCCUGUUCAUAAGCAGAAGAUUUACCACUGUCCCAACAAGCGGGGAAACUGUAACAAGCAGUUCAUUACUUUGGCUGGGCUUUUCGCUCAUCUUGAAAGUGAAUCGUGUGGAUUGACGCGGUUCGAGAAUGUCCAGAAGGAGUACCAAAACGUUCUCACUGGGCGGGGUCUCCUUACCUCUUAG